AUGCGGCUUCCGCUCGGCCUGGUGAUUGAGGAGGUUGCGGGCGAGAUCGUGGUGACGGGCGCGCUUCCGGGCUACGGCGCGGUGGGGCAGGCGGCGGAGGGAGACGUCGUGCGCGGGCUGACGGCGUGGGCGCCGGUGUUGGCGGGCAGCCCGAUGUGGCAGCAGGUCACUUCCGGCACGCCGCUCGGCACGCGGCAGCUCAAGCGCGUCCUCUUCUCCGCCGACGGCGCCACCUUUGGCGACGUGCGCGGCGCGAUCGCGUCGCACCGCGCCGACGCCGGCGGCGACGGCUACGCCACGCUCAUUGUCGAGCGGGUGAGGGAGGAGGGCGAGCCGGCGGGAGCGGUGUCGCCGUCGCAGCGGCCCUCGCUCGAGCCGCUCGGCGCAGUCCUUGCUCGCGACCUGCGGCUGCCGGCCGGAGGCGACGCGGCGGCGGCGGGGGUGGACCAGCGGACGUGGGCGGAGCGCGCCGGAGCGCUGCUCGGCGGAAGCGGCGACGAGGACGACGAGGGUGGGCCGGGAGGGGAGAGCAGACGGUAA